AUGACAAGUAUAAUUAGUAAAGUUAUUUCUGAAGUAUUUGUUGAAUUUAAUGAAUCAAUUGGAAAGCAAGCUAUUUUCUUUUUAACAAAUUUAAUAAAACAAUGUACAAAUCUUGAUGAAAUGAAACAAGAAUUUAUAAUAUUUUGUAAAGAUAAUUCUUUAAUUGAAAAGGAUUCCGAUAUCGAAAAAACUUUUAGAGAGAUUAUUAAUAAUUUAAAAAAAAGAAAAAUGAAUUGCAUUUACCAUCAGAUCAUCCAAUAA